AUGGUAGCAGCGUCGUCUUCUUCGCGGUCAAAGCCCGUGAAGCGGGUCAAGGGAGGCACAGAGACAACAAAGUCGCAUCGAUUCGAACCGUUUUCGCAGCGCGUCGCAAAGCUCAAGAUCGAUCCCAUCCAUCGCGUGCGCCGCCCCAGCUUCGGUGAAGAAGGCGACGAAACCUCCUCCUACUUCCGUUCGGCCUUCGAUCACUGGGUCGAGUUGAACCUGUCCGAGAAUUUCGUACAAUUCGCCCGUCGAGUCAACCCGCUGUGCGAGAGUCUGGCCCAGAUCCUGUACCAUGAGGACAAGAUUAUGAACCUGCUGGUGGAGUUCAUCGAGAAGAGGGAUCAGUUGUCGAUAGAGCCACUCUUGGCUCUUCUUGCCCAAUUUGCACGAGAUCUGGGAGUACGCUUCGAGAAGCACUUCGCCACGGCCGUUACCCUCGUCGCAUCCGUUGCAGCCACCCACACUGACGUCGAAGUUGUCGAAUGGAGCUUCAGCUGCUUGGCAUGGAUCUUCAAGUUCCUUUCGCGACUUUUGGUCCCAGACCUCCGGCAGCUGUUGGGCAUCAUGACUCCCUAUCUCGGCAAGGAACGACAAAAGACACAUGUUGCCCGAUUCGCCGCCGAGUCCAUGUCCUUCCUUAUCCGCAAGGCGGGUCUGGUCUAUUACAAGAAUCCCACUCCCCUUCAACGUGCGGUCUCGUUCCUACUGGAGGAUCUGCGUCAAGCAGCCGGUGACGACAAGAAUGUCGAUAUCUACAAGGACGGACUUAUGGCCAUGUUCUCCGACGCCAUCAAGGGUGUCAAGAAUGGCAUUCACUCUAACGGAACUGAUAUCCUGACUUGCAUUCUGGAACAUAUCUGCACCGGUGAUGAUCUACAAAGCAGUCUGGCGCUAGACGUCACUUGCGGAUUGCUUAUCAACAUAAUGCACAAUACGACGGCCGAGACCUAUGAACCCAUCCUGGAUACCGUCCGCUCUUACAUCGAAUCAUCCUGCUCCAAGACCGACAAGCAACAUGCGAACGCAUGCUGUCGCCUGAUAUUUCAGUGUAUCGCCACUCGUAAGGGUUCUCGAGUCAAGGUCUGGAAGCCUGUUCAUAAUAUCCUCCUUCGUCUGCUCAAGAAGGCUGCAGAAGCGCCGGAGGCGUACGCUGAGGCUGCCCCGCAGCUUCUGACUGCUGUCGCAUAUGCACUUCAAGUCUCCCCAAUGGACGAGAUGUUGCCAUACAUGCGUUCACUCAUGGAUGCUGUGACCAACGACAAACUUUCAUCCUUCUUCCUGCCGUUUUGUGCCACCUUCUCGGAGUGGGGUCCCGAGAGAUUUCAUAGCGUCGUCCUGCCUUAUUUCCAGAAAUUCGUCAACACAUUGUGGCAGGAGCACGAGCACGAGCUCUGCCUGGCCUUGUUGCGACUGAACCAGGCUGGCUGCAUUACAUCAGAAGCCUCGAAGCCUGGUUACAUUACCUGCCCUGCAACGUGGAAAUCCCGUGUCAAGGAAACACUAAGCAAGCCCACACACAAUGCUACCGAACUGAGCCUUGUCAACGCAUAUUCUAAGCUCCCGAAUGCGAUGUCUUUGUCAACGGAACCGACUUUGUUGCCUGAUAUGGUACAAACCUUGCACGGUCAUCUGCUUCGCACCUUGAAGAAGAACAAGAAGAAUGUGGAUACGUCUGCGACAACCAAAUUCUACUUGGGCCAAGGCUUCAAGGCAUAUGUGGAACUUGCCUUGCAGUCCGAGAAACUCGACCGCUCUCUCUGGAAGCAGAUCAGCGCAGUAGCCGCAACGUACUCUCGUCUUCCUGUGUUCCUUGAAGCGACGCUGGCCUAUCUCUCGGCUCUGAACGGAGACAUCGACCUCGAUGACUCCGCUGUCGAAGACUUUGCGGAUGUGCUCAUUACAAAUCUCAACGGCCCGUCCCAGAAACUCAGGUUAUUGUCUUUGAAGAUCCUUAGAGAACUGGUUCAAGCGUUGGGCGACGAUGCUGAGAUGGUCUCUCUGGCCAUUGAGAUUGAAGAGACUUAUCCACAGGCGGUCCCCCGCAGGUGGAUGGCUAGGUUGAUUCCCAACUUCUGUUUUGGACUCUUUUCCAAGAAGAUGACUCCGUUGUGGGACGAUUCUGCGGAGGCCUUGAAAUCAAUGAGCGAGAAUUCCGAGGGCGAGAAGAUCAUUUCGGAUCUUGCCAUGAAGUGGCUCCUCGAACGGGGCUCUUUGGACACGAGCGCGGAUGAGCAAGAGGAAGAAACCCCUGACUACCGGUCUGGGUAUUUCCAGUGCUUUAACGCGGCCAGGAUUGAAGAUAUAUCCGCUAAAUACUUCCAAGGCCCUGAGCAACCCGAUUCAAUGCUAGAGGACGAGUACAGCAAGGAUCAUACCUUUACGGAUGCACUACCAGCUUCUCCCCGAACCCAUGCUCUUCGUGUUCUGAACGCCAUACCCAACAUCGCAGAGAAACGAUUCCGCCAAAUCGCGCCCUUGUUUCUCCAGUGGGCUUCGCAUGAUGACGACGAGAGUCCCUCGGACGAAGACUUCAUCCCCUGGGGUUUCCUCGAUCGUCUGGCAUUCCUCAGGCUUCUUGGCCAAUUCGUCAACCCUCGUGUUCUAUACAGGGCUCCCGAGAUCCAUGAUGCUAUUUUGGGAUUGCUUUGCCAUGGUAACUCUGACAUUCAAAAAUGUGCACUCAAAGCUCUUUUUACUUGGAAGUCACCAAGUAUAGUCCCCUACCAAGAGAAUCUUAUGAAUAUCAUGGAUGAAAACCGCUUUAGGGAUGAGCUUUCUGUGUUCGUUCGCGUUGGUGGUGAAGAUAGCUUGAUCGAGGAAGCACACCGGCCUGAGCUCGUUCCUGUUCUCCUCCGUGUAUUGUAUGGUCGUAUGAUCUCGAAGGCCGGCGCGACUUCUAGCCAGGCAGGGCAAACGGGGCGGAGAAAGGCCAUUUUGAGAACCUUGUCACAGCUACCUGAUAAGGAAUUCGAGGUCUUCAUGCAAGUCUCCUUCGGUCCUCUUAGCGAUGUCAGUCUUGUCCGCGAUGGUCAAAUUGAGCAGCAAGCUUUCGAGCAAUCUCUGGCUAGUCCGAGGAAGCAAAUGGGUCUACUGAAGAUGAUUGAAACUGUCUUCGAAACACUUCAAAACCGAAUGGUCCCCUAUGCGGAGAGAUCUAUGAACGUGGUGCUUUAUUGUCUUGUGCGAGCAUGCCGGGGGCUUGAGAAGGCGCAGACGGCGUCGGCUGCAGGCCCGCAAGAAGAACGGCAGCUGACAGUGCUGCGUAAUAUUCGCUACACGUGCAUACGCUGUCUCGACCUCAUCUUUGCCAUGUCUCUCGAGUUUGACUGGUUGUCUUACAUUCGCAUCAUUUUUGACGAGGUGAUCAAUUCAAGACUGGAAGAUUUCGCCAUUGAAACCGCUCAGGGUGUAUCCGGUCUCCUCAAGCUCUUCCAUACCUGGGCUACUUCCCCGAAAUCUUCAUUCUAUCUCACCAAAUUCAACGAUGCCUUGUUGACGAAGGUGGUGGAUAUCCUUGGUGUCGACUCCGCACGAGAUGAAGUCAAGGCUUUCGUCAUGGAUGAGGUCUUGAAUCCCUUGAUCGGGCUGGCCACCGGAAAGACGCUUCAGGAUAACGAGACCAUGAGUGAUAUUCCUGCGGACGAGAUUAGGUCCCAGGUUUUGGGUCCUUAUAUUGAGCAUAUUCUGUCUCACUUGGCUCAGCUCCUCAAACGUGGCCCCUCCCGUACUUUGCUCGUCUCGGGUGUUCAAACUCUUUCUCUCAUCUCGCCCUGCGUCGAAUCUUCGAAGGAGACAUACAGCCUUAUCAGCAUCACUACCUAUCUUCUCCGCCAACCCCCCGACAGAGUCUCCCCUAAAACGAAAUCCGGCCUCCUGCGCUCCCUGGAGCAUUUCCUACCCUUAUUCAACACCCAGGAGGAUCUUGAGCUCACCAAGGCCGUUUUUGAGGCUAUCUCGUCCCUUUUCGAUUACUUCCGGGACGAUGCGAACAGAGAGGUUCUGUCCAGAGUCUUCACGGCGUUUGCCACCCACGACUCUGAUCUUACCAAGGUUGCUAGUCUCUGUGAGGACUUGAACUCCAUCUCUAGAAAGAAGCUGGAAGUCGACUACGAACGCCGACUGCAAGCGUUCAGAGAAAUCAACGAUAAUUUGUGGGACAAGCUUGACGCUAAGCAGUGGCGCCCGCUGCUCUACAACGUGUUGUAUCAAGUCAAAGACGAGGAAGAACUCGCAAUCCGAACGAGUGCUGCUUUCGGCCUGAAGCGAUUCAUGGAGCGAGCCAUUCUUCCCAAUGACAAAGACGAAAUGGAAGUGCUUGUAACGGAUAUCUUGUUCCCUGCUUUGCAGGCCGGUGUUCGCCAGAAGUCAGAGCUUAUCCGCGCCGAAUUUGUUGCUGCGCUCGGGUACUUCAUCAAGCUGAACCCUGAACGCCCAACUGUGAAAGACAUGCAUGUCUUGCUUGUGGGUGACGAUGAAGAAGCCUCGUUCUUCAACAAUGUCCUGCACAUCCAACAACAUCGUCGUCUGCGUGCACUGCGCCGUUUGGCAGGCGAAGCAGCCAAGGGCAAUCUCCAGGCGUCCAACAUUAGCACCAUCUUCAUUCCUCUCAAUGAACACUUUGUGUUUGACGAAGAGGUCGAUGAGGCGGCUCACAACUUGACCGCCGAGGCUGUGAAUACCAUUGGCACUCUGGCAGAAUCAUUGGAGUGGCCCCAGUUCCGUGCCAUCUUCCGGAGAUAUCGCGGCUACAUGCAAAGCAAGUCGGAAUUGGAGAAGAGCAUUCUGAGACUUCUUGGUAAGAUGUCUGACUCGUUGACCAACGCCAUGAAACAGCAUAAAGCUAUCAAGGAUGCUGCUCAGAGUGGGAUGGACGGUCUUGAGACGUCAGAGCCGACCUCUACUCUCGCACGAACCAUCCCUUCAGCCGCAAAGGUUGCGAACGAGCUUACUUCUAAUUUCAUCCCUCAGUUGACCACCUUCAUUCACCACAAGGAUGAAGCGCAGAUGAGUCUACGUCUGCCAGCUGCGGUCACGACCAUCAAGCUUUUGAAGUUGCUGCCUGAGGAAGAUAUGGCCAUCCGUUUGCCCCCAGUUCUUUUGGAUGUUUGCAGCAUUCUUAAGAGUAAGGCUCAGGAUUCACGAGACACUGCUAGAAAGACACUCAAUGAGAUUGCACUCCUGCUGGGUCCUAGUUACCUCAGAUACAUCCUGAAGGAACUGCGUACCACUUUGACCAAGGGCUAUCAGCGUCACGUGCUUUCAUUCACCGUUCACUCUAUACUCGUCGGUACGACGGACGUGUUCAAACAGGGCGAUCUGGACGACUGCCUGACAGAACUGGGCUCUAUUAUCAUGGACGACACGUUUGGCGCUGUGGGCCAGGAGAAGGAGGCAGAAGAGUAUGUGAGCAAGAUGACGGAAGUCAAGAGCAGCAAGAGCUACGAUUCGAUGGAGCUCUUAGCAAAGAAUGCUACUGUCCCCAACCUUGCCAGGCUCCUCCGACCUCUGCAAUCGCUUCUUCUGGAGAAGCUCAACUCCAACAUUAUCAGGAAAGUCGACGAGCUACUGCGAAGAAUUGGCGUGGGUCUUUUGAGGAACCCUGGAGUGGAAAGUCGCGACAUCCUGAUGUUUUGCUACGAAAUCAUCAAGGAGACGUACAAAGGACCCAUUCAAGCGGAGAACAAGACUGUCAAAUCGGCACAGGAAGAAAAUCUGUUGAUUGACCUCAAGUUCCACAAGCGAAGCGACAAGAAAGGAAGCACGACUUCUUAUCUUUACAAGUUGACGCGCUUCUCUCUCGAUGUCCUGCGUACUGUCUUGAACAAGUACAAUUCCUUGCUCACGCCCGGAAACCUGGCUGGGUUCAUUCCUGUCAUCGGCGACUCACUGGUCCAGGCACAUGAGGAAGUUAAGACUUCAGCUCUCCGCUUGUUGUCGACAAUCAUCAAGCUUCCGAUUCCGGAAAUUGAUGCCAAUCAUCACGUGUAUAUCACAGAAGCUGUCAAGGUCGUCAAGGAGGCACCGAGCACCAAUACGGAGGCUGCGCAAGCGUCCUUGAAACUGAUUACGGCCAUGCUACGAGAACGGAAGAGCACCAAAAUCAAGGACGGUCACCUUGCCUAUCUCCUCCAACGUCUCAACUCAGAUAUUGAGGAGCCUGACCGUCAAGGUAUAGCCUUCAACUUCGUCCGUGCAGUGAUGUCUCGCAAGUUUGUGGUGCCUGAAAUGUAUGAACUGGCUGAUAGCAUCGCUACCAUGAUGGUCACCAACCAGACCCGCGCCGCUCGUGAUUUAGCACGGGGCACGUACGUCCACUUCUUGAUUGAGUACCCGCAAGCCAAGAACAGAUGGACCAAACAGCUUAGUUUCUUGGCCAAGAACCUGGAAUAUAAGCACCAAGAAGGGCGCCAAUCAGUCAUGGAGGCCAUUCACUUGUUGCUGUCUAAGACGGGCGAUGAGCUGGCUCAAGACAUUGUCAGCACGUUCUUCCUGCCCAUGGUCAUUGUGAUGUCGAAUGACGAUGCGCCUGAGUGCAGGGAGAUGGCUGGUCACCUAUUGGGCGAGUUGUAUUCCAGGGCCGAUAGGGAACAGAUGAAGUCUAUGCUUACGCCUCUACACUCGUGGCUAGAACAGACGGAAAACAUGCUCUUGAACAGCACUGGCCUACAGGCCAUGAGAAUCUACUUCGAAGUCGAGGCGACAGAGAAAGACAAGGAGGCUCGAUUCGUUCUGGAUAUCUUGCCGUCCAUCAUGCAGCCAGUCCUCAAAGCCGACGAUAAUGAGAAUUGGCAGACCCUGUACUUCGCUCUCCAGCUUUUCUCGAAGCUCUGCAAGACCGUCCCCGCUCUGGCGCUUUCCCCGGAGCGUGCGCCGAUCUGGGCUGCCGUCCGCGAGAGUCUCUUCUACACCCACGCCUGGGUCAAAACCUGCGCCUCGAAUCUGGUUGGUACAUGGUUCGCGGACCUCGCACGCUUCAACGCCACCAAUGGCUACGCGUCAAUCCCGCUGGCUGGUUCCACGGGGUUGUCCCUCGACAAAGAUGCUAUGUUGCAGCUGAUCCGUGCCAGCUUGCGCUGUCUCCACACCCCGGCAGUCAGCGAGGAGCUUGCCAUGCAAUCCGUCCGCAAUCUUAUUUUCCUGGGUCGCUGCUGCGCUCAGAACGGGUUGGAGUUCACGCGGUCGGGUGGCAAGGACGCAGAGUCGGACGCUAGUGACAGCGAGCACGAAGAUGACGAGGAGGAAGCCCAGCGGUCGUCCUCUUCCAAGUCCAAGCCUGCCAUUCGGUAUAUCUUCGAGCAGACGUCUUCCAUUCUCCGCCGAGAGCUCAUCACCACACGGGCGGAGUCCUUGAUUCCCAAGACCGCUGCCAUCGGUCUUCUCGCUUCGCUGUGCCGCCAUCUCGAGGUUGACCAGCUCAGCGGAUCUCUCGCGGUCAUCCUGCUCCCUCUCCAGCACAUGACGGACAACACCAUCCCGGCGCCCCGCUCCUCGGACGAGGCGUUCCGCGAGUCGUACAAAUCCCUGGUGGCCAACUGCCACGAAGUGCUCGAUAUUCUGCAGAAGAAGCUCGGUACCACCGAGUUCGUGAAGCAGAUGGGCGAAGUCCAGGAUGCAAUCAAGGAGCGACGUGAAGGCAGACGCGUUAAGCGACGCAUCGAGGCGGUUGCCGAACCCGAGAGAUACGAGAAGGACAAGAGGAGGAGGAACGACCGCAAGCGCGAGAAGCGCAAGGAACGAGGAGCCGAGCACCGCGGCAAGAGACGUGGUUGGUAAGAGGAGUGGGUGAUUUGCUAAGCGAAUUGUUUCCUUUUUCUCAUCUUCUGGUGCUGUCAUAUAAAAAGUCCACGGCGUUGACGGUGAGGAUAGGAGAUUUCUUUUCUUUUUCGUUCUAGUACAUUAUUU